AUGACUUGCAUGGUAAGCGGGAACCUGAACACAGUUUCUGGUUUGGUCGUGUCUGCAUAUUCUAGCCAAUACAGCACCGACGACCCAGUGGCUGUCUCCGUGCUGUAUGCAUCUGGAAACCCGAAAUCCAAGCUUCCGACAUUGUUCGUGGAACGCGUCGCCGAUGCUUAUUCCAUGUCGAUCAUGGUUUCAUUGGGAGCAUUCGUCGACAGCUGUACUCAGAUUCUGUUGCAGAAGCUGCAAUUUUUCGCAAGAAACGGCAUCGCCAUAGAUGUACCUCAUUGGACCCAGUGUUAUGCCUUUGAUGUCAUUGAAAAGUUGACUUUCGGCGACCGAUUCGGAUUUCUGGAUGAGGGCAAGGACAUCCAAGGUAUCAUGGCAAGUCUGCACCAGUAUCUCGGCUACGCCGCGCGGGUGGGCGUCUACAGCGAGUGGCAUAAGUGGGCGUACUUGGUAUACCAGAGAUUCUCAUCAAAGGCUGCCGGCAUAGCGCAUGUGGCGGUCUUCGCUCUGCAGAGAAUUGACAAGCGCCUUCGAAGCGAGGCGAGCGGGAAGACCCAGAGGGAAAGGGACCAGCAGAGACGAUAUAUUGCCGUUUGUGUUGCAAAUGUCGGAGCUGGCUCAGAUACGACGUCGAUCAGCCUCAACGCCGUCCUGUAUUGUCUUUGCAAGAAUCCACCAAUGGUGCAAAAGUUAAGAGAUGAAAUCACAACGAAGAGAGCACAAGGCGAACUUUCAGAGCCAGUCGCUUUUCAGCAAGGUCAAAGUAUGCCUUAUCUACAAACCGUGAUCAAAAAAGGCUUGCGAAUGCGUCCUGCUGCAGGUUAUCCUUUGAUGAGGGUGGUACCCAGAGAGGGAGCGACCAUUGCAGGGCACACAUUUCCCCCGGGGGGCCAUGCAAUUCUUGGUAUCAACCCCUGGGUGGCUCAUGCGAACCAGGCUGUUUUUGGCGAAGAUGCCUGCAACUUCCUCGUGAAACGGCGGGAAGCUUAUUUUCUGACUUUUGGAGCAGGAUCCCGGACAUGCAUCGGCAAAAACAUCAGUUUCAUGGAAAUGACCAAGGAAGUUCCGGAGGUCAUCGAGGAGUUUGACCUUGAGCUCGAACCGCCAACAUGUACCUGGAAGACGGCGAAUGUAUGGUUUGUGAAGCAGACGGAUUUUCGGUGUCGAAUUCGAAGAUGCGCGCAGUCGACUCAUCUCGGUCGACAAUGA